CUUGUAUUUCAUUUCACUCCUUCCAACCUUGUUCUUUUCACUUCCAUGGAGAAUUUCUACUUGUAUCUUGUUCUUCUACUACUACCCUUUCUAUUCUUCUUGAUCAAGAAGAAUUUCUACACCCAUUACAAUUUACCUCCACACCCUCUAACUCUCCCCAUAAUCGGCCACAUACACCUCAUGUAUCUAAAUCGUCGCCAAAUCCGCGAGUCCCCCGAAAUCUUUUUCGGUAAUCUCUUGUCUAAAUACCCCUCCAAGAUGGUAUUUCUCAAGUUAGGCUCGCAGCCCAUUCUGGUAGUGUCAUGUCCUUACACCAUCAAAAAAUGUUUCUCAAGCAAUCUCGACCUUGCUUUUGCCGAUCGCCCCAAAAAUCUGGCCAGCGAAUGCCUUUCUUACAAUUACAAGGUGGUUUCCUUCGUUUCCAAAAACCAACUUUGGACAGACAUUCGCACGUUUACGAAAAAUGAACUUUUCUCUGAGAAAUGUCUCAGAGGAUUCUCUGUUCUUUGUCAGGAGGAAAACAUCGAUCUUCUCCGUAGCUUGGCUCAUUUCACGACCAAGCCGGUUAACUUGAAUAGUUGGUUUUAUCUAUUGGGUUUAAACCACACAAACAGGAUGGUUUCAGGUGAACGUUUUGCAAAUUAUGAUGAUAUUGAAAAGGAGAAGAAGAGACUAGACGAAACAAGGGAGAUGUUUCGGCCUAAUUUGCCGAUUCCUUCUAUAUGCGAUUUCUUUCCAAUCUUAAGAGUGUUUCCUUUCAUUGAAAAAGGGAUCAAGAAUGAAAUGGAGAAGAUUCAUGAGAAGAGGAACGAGCACUUGCAGGGAAUUAUGGAUGAAUUCCUUAGAAAGAAAGCAAUUGCCGAUCAAUCUUGUAAUACCUGCUUCAAAGAAAAGAAGUCGACCUUUAUUGAAACUCUGUACCAGAAACAGGAAUCAGAUGCUAACUUCGAUGAUGAAAUGAUCAAGGCUCAUUUGCUGAUAAUGUUUGUAGCAGGAAUAGAAACGUCAGCUUUAACAAUGGAACGGGUGAUUUUGCUUCUAUUAGACCACCCGGAAGUGAUGAAAAGGUUGAGAGAAGAAAUCGAUAAUCAAGUGGGGACAGAACGAUUUCUAAUCGAUGAAGAUCUUAAAACAUUACCCUUUCUGAAAAAUAUAGUAUCGGAAACACUUAGACUUUACCCUCCGGUAAAAGUGAUAUUGCCUCAUCUGGCGACGAACCAAUGUAAGGUUGGGGAAUUUGAUAUUCCAGAAGGAACGACCUUGUUGGUUAAUGUAUGGGCCAUGCAAAGGGAUCCGAAGGUGUGGGAUGAGCCGGAGAAGUUUAAACCGGAGAGGUUUGAAAACUUUGAAUCCCUUGAAAAAAAUCUAAAGAGGAUAAGAUACAUUCCGUUUGGGGAUGGUAUAAGAAAGUGUCCCGGAGAUAACAUGGCACUAGGAUGGAUUCUUUUGGCUGUGGGAUCGCUGGUUCAUUGCUUCGACAUAGAAAAGGUUGGAAUGUUAACAAGGUGCACUCCAAGAACAAAUUUAGCUCAUCUUUUUUAGAGAUUUGAAAAGCGUUUUAGCCGUCCAAGUGUAAAAUAAGACAAGAAUGGAUGGAUGAGAUCAAAUCUAUUUCUCUCUAUUUUCUCUAGGUUUUAUGUACUAAUAUAUGUUGUAGUUUGGUAAUUAUGGAGGUUGCAUGCAAUGGCAUCUCUAAAUAAUGUAACAUGUGUAAUAUUGAAUGUUGUGAAUGGAAAAUUUAGAGGGAAAUUAUGUG